CUGCCAGGCUGGGAGGACGGCGCCGGGGCUCAAGAUGGCUUUAGCCGGGCUCUGCGCCCUGCUCGCCUGCUGCUGGGGGCCGGCGGCGGUGCUGGCCACGGCCGCGGGCGACGUGGACCCAUCCAAGGAGCUGGAGUGCAAGCUCAAAAGCAUCACUGUGUCGGCGCUGCCCUUUCUGCGCGAGAACGACCUGAGCAUCAUGCACAGCCCUUCGGCCUCCGAGCCCAAGCUCCUCUUCUCGGUGCGCAACGACUUCCCGGGGGAAAUGGUCGUGGUGGACGACCUGGAAAACACGGAGCUGCCCUACUUCGUGCUGGAGAUCUCAGGGAACACAGAGGACAUCCCUCUGGUGCGCUGGAGGCAGCAGUGGCUGGAGAAUGGCACGCUGCUUUUUCACAUCCAUCACCAAGAUGGUGCCCCAAGUCUCCCUGGACAAGAACCAACCGAAGAACCCCAGCAUGAGUCAGCAGAAGAGGAGCUGAGGAUCCUGCACAUCUCAGUCAUGGGCGGCAUGAUUGCUCUGCUGCUGUCCAUCCUGUGCCUGGUAAUGAUCCUGUACACUCGCCGGCGCUGGUGCAAGCGCCGCCGGGUCCCCCAGCCCCAGAAGAGUGCCAGUGCUGAGGCAGCCAAUGAGAUUCACUACAUUCCAUCUGUGCUGAUCGGCGGGCAUGGGCGGGAGAGUCUGCGCAAUGCCCGCGUGCAGGGCCACAACUCCAGCGGCACCCUGAGCAUCCGGGAGACACCCAUCCUGGAUGGCUAUGAGUACGACAUCACAGACCUGCGCCACCACCUGCAGAGGGAGUGCAUGAAUGGAGGGGAGGACUUUGCCAGCCAGGCCACUCGCACCCUGGACUCCCUGCAAGGCUGCAACGAGAAGGCUGGGAUGGACCUCACACCAGGAAGUGACAAUGCCAAGCUGUCGCUGAUGAACAAGUACAAAGAUAACAUCAUCGCCACCAGCCCUGUGGACUCCAACCACCAGCAGGCCACCCUGCUCUCCCACACCUCCAGCAGCCAGAGGAAAAGGGUCAGCAACAAAGCAAGAGCUGGUUCUGCCUUCCUGAACCCUGAAGGGGAUUCUGGCACAGAGGCAGAAAAUGACCCACAGCUGACCUUUUACACCGACCCCUCAAGGAGCCGGAGGCGCAGCAGAGUGGGCUCUCCUCGCAGUCCUGUGAAUAAAACCACCUUGACCUUGAUCAGCAUCACCAGCUGCAUGAUUGGCCUCGUGUGUUCCUCCCACGUCAGCUGCCCUCUCGUUGUCAAAAUCACCCUGCACGUCCCUGAGCACCUGAUUGCCGACGGGAGUCGCUUCAUCUUGCUGGAGGGGAGCCAGCUGGAUGCCAGUGACUGGCUGAACCCUGCCCAAGUGGUGCUCUUCUCCCAACAGAACUCCAGUGGGCCUUGGGCCAUGGACCUCUGUGCUCGGCGGCUCCUGGACCCCUGUGAACACCAGUGUGACCCCGAAACUGGUAGGCAGGAGCACCGGGCAGCGGGGGAAUGCCUCUGCUACGAAGGCUACAUGAAGGAUCCAGUCCACAAGCACCUCUGCAUUCGGAAUGAAUGGGGGACAAACCAGGGGCCUUGGCCUUACACAAUAUUUCAGCGAGGCUUUGACCUGGUUUUGGGAGAACAGCCUUCUGAUAAAAUAUUCAGAUUCACCUACACCCUUGGGGAGGGCAUGUGGCUGCCCCUCAGCAAGAGCUUUGUGAUUCCACCAGCUGAACUGGCCAUCAACCCAUCAGCCAAGUGUAAAACGGACAUGACAGUGAUGGAAGAUGCCGUGGAGGUCAGAGAGGAGCUGAUGACCUCGUCGUCCUUUGAUAGCCUGGAGGUUCUCUUAGAUUCCUUUGGACCAGUACGUGACUGCAGCAAGGAUAAUGGCGGCUGCAGUAAGAACUUCCGUUGCAUCUCAGAUCGCAAGCUGGACUCUACUGGCUGUGUGUGCCCAUCCGGACUGAGCCCCAUGAAGGACAGCUCUGGCUGCUAUGACCGCCACAUCGGGGUGGACUGCUCCGACGGCUUCAACGGCGGCUGUGAGCAGCUGUGUCUCCAGCAGAUGGCGCCCUUCCCGGACGACCCCGCCUUGUACAACAUCCUCAUGUUCUGCGGGUGCAUUGAAGAUUACAGGCUUGGUGUGGAUGGACGCUCAUGCCAACUCAUUGUGGAGACCUGCCCAGAGGGUGCUGACUGUGGGGAAAGCAGGGAGCUUCCCAUGAACCAGACCCUCUUUGGGGAGAUGUUCUUUGGUUACAACAAUCAGUCCAAGGAAGUGGCUGCUGGACAAGUGCUGAAAGGAACAUUCAGACUUGGAACUUGGGAAUCAGUGGCAUACUCUGAGCUCGUGUCUCCUCUGUCCCCAGGGAUGGUGAACUUCAGUGAGGUGUCGGGGUACCCGGUGCUGCAGCACUGGAAGGUCCGGUCUGUGAUGUACCACAUCAGACUCAACCAAGCAACCGUCUCUCAGGCCCUCAGCAAUGCACUCCACUCCCUGGAUGGGGCUACAUCUCGUGGGGACUUUGUGGCGCUGUUGGACCAGUUUGGCAACCAUUACAUCCAGGAAGCUAUCUACGGCUUUGAGGAGUCCUGCUCUAUCUGGUACCCAAACAAGCAGGUCCAGCGGCGACUCUGGCUGGAUUAUGAAGACAUCAGCAAAGGCAACUCCCCAUCUGACGAGUCAGAGGAGCGAGAAAGAGACCCCAAGGUGCUAACGUUCCCAGAAUACAUCGCCAGCCUGUCAGAGACUGGCAACAAGCGCAUGGCGGCUGGAGUCCGCAUGGAGUGCCAGAGCAGAGGACGAUGCCCCUCCUCCUGCCCCCUGUGUCAUGUGACCUCCAGUCCCGACACCCCUGCUGAGCCAGUUCUUCUGGAAGUGACCAGAGCAGCCCCCAUCUACGAACUGGUGACCGCCAACCAGACCCAGAGGCUCUUGCAGGAGGCCAUCAUGAGCUCUCUCUGGUGCUCAGGGACUGGAGACGUCAUCGAGGACUGGUGUCGAUGUGAUUCCACUGCUUUCGGAGCCGAUGGACUGCCCACCUGUGCACCUCUCCCACAGCCAGUGCUGAGACUCUCCACGGUUCACGAGCCCAGCAGCACCCUCGUGGUCCUGGAGUGGGAACACUCAGAGCCUCCCAUCGGGGUGCAGAUCGUAGAUUACCUCAUCCGUCAAGAAAAGGUCACUGAUAGGAUGGACCACUCCAAAGUGGAGACAGAAACAGUACUGAGCUUUGUGGACGACAUCAUCUCUGGAGCAAAGUCCCCUUGUGCCAUGCCCUCUCAGGUGCCAGACAAACAGCUCACCACCAUCUCUCUGAUCAUACGAUGCCUGGAACCUGACACCAUCUACAUGUUCACCUUGUGGGGAGUGGACAACACGGGACGGCGCUCCAGGCCAAGUGACGUGAUCGUGAAGACCCCUUGCCCCGUGGUGGAUGAUGUCAAAGCCCAAGAAAUAGCAGACAAGAUCUACAAUCUCUUCAACGGCUAUACCAGUGGGAAAGAGCAACAGACCGCCUACAAUACCCUUCUGGACCUCGGUUCCCCCACACUGCAUCGAGUCCUCUACCACUACAACCAGCACUAUGAGAGUUUUGGAGAAUUCACCUGGCGGUGUGAGGAUGAAUUAGGCCCCAGGAAAGCCGGGCUCAUCCUUUCCCAGCUUGGGGAUCUCAGCAGCUGGUGCAACGGACUCCUUCAGGAACCCAAGAUAAGCCUGCGACGCAGCUCCCUCAAGUACCUGGGCUGCCGCUACAGCGAGAUCAAGCCCUACGGACUUGACUGGUCAGAGCUCAGCCGGGACCUCAGGAAGACGUGCGAGGAGCAGAUGCUGAGCAUCCCCUACAACGAUUACGGGGACAGCGAAGACAUCUAGUACCGUGAUACUAGACAGUGGCUGCCAAACGGAAGUAGGAGACAGGAGGGGGAUAUCUGGGUGGGUGUGUGGAUUUUUAAUAUUUUUUAAUGGAACAUUAAAACCUCUAAAUCAGGGAGAGGUAACAUAUAACCCAGGAAGAAAUGACCCUUCUCCCUGCAGAACGUUUUUGGUAUGAUGUUCUCCACUUGUGCGAUCAGGAAACCUGCCAGCCAGCAGCUGCAAGCAGAGCCAUCUGUCUUUAGGGGAUUACUCUGGGGUGUGUUUUGCUGCUGAUUUGUUUCAUUUAUUUCUUUUUUUCCCAAGAGGUUCAUCAAAAUGCUCAAGAGUUCCAUCAUGCCUCCCUUGAGAGGUUGAGGUGCCCUGUACUCACCCUGAGGCCAUUACAACUGGGGACAGAGAUGAGGCCAGAACGUUGGUAGUAGGCUGGCCUCAAGCCCCAGCCUUAGGAAGCAUCUCUCUCUGGGAGUCUAAGCUCUGCUCACAGAGAAAGACAAGAACAUGGGCAGGUGGUCCCUCUGCAGGGCUGGUGUGUUCCCCUCAGAACUUCUUAUUGCUGUCUUCACACCUCACAGUGAACUGGCCCCCCUUAUGAGCCCCUUCGGGCCGCUGGGAUUUUUAUGGUUCUCACCUUUUUAAGACUGGACUGGAACGCAUUCUCCCUCUGGCAGGGCUCUGCUCUCCCCUCCAAACAUUGUGAUCUGCAAGAGGAAACACAACGCUGCCUGUCAAACGUACCAUCAGAGCGGUCUACCUGGGAGACUAGCUUCCAGCCCACACUCUGGAGAAUAAGUGGAGUUUAUUAUUUGUAAAAUCUCCUGUGCCUCCAGGAUGAACUUCUCCAGACACCAACAUGCACCAUAUGUCUGGAUUCUCUUUCAUGUUCCAGCUGCUUUCUCUGGACGGAUAAUGGCUGAUGUCUGCUCUGGUCCAGGUGUUAAUAUGUCCAUGUCAGUGUUUUAAUUAACUAAAGCUAUUACUGAUCACAAAAACCUUCUGUGCAUUGCCCCCUUGCUAAAUCUGCCUAAUUAUGUUGCUAGUUUUGCAAAUCAUUUCUCUGGGUGACCAUCAACGGGAGAAUGUCACCGUUUCACCUCCCGUCUAGUUGCAGGAAAGAGCAAAGAUCCUGUGCAGGCAAGCUCCCCUGACUGCAGGUAAGGGCCGGGCCCAUUUUUCUGCUCCACUGCCUGAGUGUUGGCAUGGGCAUAUGGUGGCCCAGCUAACAGGAAGCCCAGCCUUUCAGACACAGCUUUGCAGGGCCGUGUGGACCAGUGAUGUCCUUAGCUGCCCACACAUACCUCCAAGGCCAGAACACACACUCUCAGCCACUCUGCCUUUGCCCAGGGCUCCUCAUUUGGAAACACGUGAGAAAGGUCAGGAAGGAGAUGCAGGAACUCUAAAGCAUGUCGUUUAGCUCUAUUGGUCUUUUUCUAAAUAGUAAUGACAGAUCACAUUCCCUGAGUGCUUACUGUGUACCAGAUGCUGCUCUAAGCACGGCAUAUCGAGUUCCUGAGACAAGCUCCCUGCCCCAGGGAAGUGCUAUUCUUGGCUCCACUUCAGUGAUGAGCAAACUGAGGCAAAGAGAGGUUAGGCAACUUUCCAAAAUGCCUCCUUUACUCUCUGCCUGCGUUAUGGUGUGCAUUCAGGCUGUCAGAUUCCAGGGCACAGGAUUUUAGCCCUCUGCCACCCUCAGCCCUGUUUUCAGUAUUGCCUGUGACAUGCAGCUGUCUGAGCUCUGAGCUCCAGGGGGACCCACCCAGGAAGAUUUCCCUUUCUCCCACCUGCGUGGUAUGGAUGUGCCCAAGCACAGUGGGAGGAGGAGCCAUGGUGCACCCUGACUUCUGCAGCUGGAGCACCCUUUGGCACCACUGGGGCUGCAGCCCAGGCCUCCCGCUUGGGUGCCUGGAAGCGAGCCUGGGAGAGGGCUGCCCUGCAGAUGCUCUCACACCCCUCCCUGCCCCUUUCCAUAGAAAGACUAAAAGUUCUCUUUGGCGCCCUGGGAGCACAUGCUUCAGAGCCUCCCCCACUUGCAGAGCAAAGGCUAGGAGAAAGCUCGGCCAUCCCACUUGGGUCCCUGGAGGGCCUCAGGUAAAAGGCCUCAAGGGACAUUUCUCGCCAUCACCAGAGAGGGAGAUGCUAGAGGCAGCUGGCCACCAGCAGAUGGGGCUGGCAAGGCCGAGGGAGGAGCAUCUGGGCUGCUAUUAUGUGCCUGUCCUUUGCUCAAGUCUGCACGGAAAAUGGUCUGCCCAGCAUGAUGGGAGGCCGAGGCUAUUGCCACAUUCCCGCCCUGGCGGUGGGUGAGAUGCGAGCCACUGGGCCAGGGAGGGAAUGCAAGGAGUGGCAACAGGGUCACCCUUUUCUGUCCCCUCCUGUUUAAUUAAAAUAAAAGAGGCUAUCUCCCUCUCCCCACCUCCUCCCAGCCCCCAAGCCCCUCCGCCCUGUUUUCAUCUGCUUUCCCUUUUAUUCUCCUGUCAGUGACCCUCCCUCCUUUGCCCCUUCGUUCUCCUUGACUGUCUUUCCCUUCAGUGUCCCCUCAUGUCCUCCUCACUGCACCCUGUGUGCAUGCACGUCCACACACAUGCACACCCACCCACGCCCUAUACAGGCACUUACCCACCCACAGGGCACACACACACACACACGCACACACUACCUAUAUACACUACACACACACACCCUAUACAUACACACUCUGUACACACACACACUGUACACACAACCCCAGUGUCUGGGUCCUUCUUCUUUAAAGUUAAAGGGAAGGCCAACACGAACGGGGCAGGAGGUAGACGUAAGGUGCCCUGAUGAUUUACCUGGAGGAUUCUUGCCCCAGGAAAACACUACCCAUCACAGCCGGAUGACAUUUCCCAAGGCUUGCCUGGAGGAACCCACCCUGACUAGAAAGAGUGACGGUACUGGGCCAGCACGAAACCUCAAGUUUCCAAGCCGCCAGACAGUCUUAAGGGGUCUCAUUUCCACCAACGCUCUCCCAGCGCUGGGGCUCCCCGCAAGCCCGCGGUGUUCCCUCUGGAAUGGACCCGACCCCCUCUAUUAGGAUUAGGUCUUUGACUGAGCGUGCCGUCGUUUCCCAUGGAGCUAGGUCCAUUCAUUAUUUUUAGUUAACCACACUUCUUGAUAUUCAAUGUUCUAUUAAAAAACUGAGUGUGAAAAAAAUCCACUUUACUACUAUAGAAGGAAGAAACAAUAUAAUGUGACCAACUUCAGGUAUAACAGUAUUGUUUAAAGACGAUUAAUGUACGAUUAUAAAAAAAUGGGAUAAUCAACUAAGUAAUAAACAAACCUGUUAGUAAGUGU